AUGGCGGCCGAGCCGAUCUCCAAUGGCGUCGCCAACCCCAAGAAGGUUGCCUAUUUCUACGACUCUGAUGUGGGCAAUUACGCCUAUGUCUCGGGUCAUCCUAUGAAGCCCCAUCGCAUUCGUAUGACCCACAGCCUGGUCAUGAACUACGGUCUGUACAAGAAAAUGGAAAUCUACCGCGCGAAACCGGCCUCGAAAUAUGAAAUGACCCAGUUCCACACCGACGAAUACAUCGACUUCCUUUCAAAAGUUACCCCAGACAACAUGGAUAGCUUUGGCAAGGAACAGAGUCGAUACAACGUUGGUGACGAUUGCCCAGUCUUUGACGGUCUUUUCGAAUUCUGCGGUAUCAGUGCCGGUGGCAGUAUGGAAGGUGCAGCGCGGUUGAACCGCAACAAGUGCGAUGUGGCUGUCAAUUGGGCUGGUGGUCUCCACCACGCGAAGAAAAGCGAAGCCAGUGGUUUCUGCUACGUCAAUGAUAUCGUGCUCGGUAUUCUUGAGCUACUCCGAUUCAAGCAACGUGUGCUUUAUGUCGACAUUGAUGUUCAUCACGGUGAUGGUGUGGAAGAAGCUUUCUAUACCACUGAUCGUGUGAUGACCGUGUCUUUCCACAAGUAUGGCGAAUACUUCCCUGGUACGGGCGAGCUUCGCGAUAUUGGUGUCGGCUCAGGAAAAUACUACGCGGUUAACUUCCCUCUCCGUGAUGGUAUCAACGAUGAGUCUUACCAGAGCAUUUUCGAACCUGUCAUCAAGAGUGUGAUGGAAUGGUACCGCCCGGAAGCCGUGGUCCUGCAAUGUGGCGGUGACAGUUUGUCUGGUGAUCGUCUUGGCUGCUUCAAUCUCAGCAUGCGCGGACAUGCGAACUGCGUUAACUUUAUCAAGAGCUUUGACCUCCCCACCCUGAUCCUGGGUGGUGGUGGUUACACCAUGCGCAAUGUCGCACGUACCUGGGCCUAUGAAACCGGUAUCCUUGUUGGCAAUACCCUGGAAUCCGAGCUGCCAUACAAUGACUACUACGAGUACUUUGCUCCUGACUACGAACUUGAUGUUCGUCCCUCCAACAUGGACAACGCCAACACCAAGGACUACUUGGACAAGAUUCGCAGCCAGGUCAUUGAGAAUCUGAAGCGAACGGCCUUUGCGCCAUCCGUUCAAAUGACAGAUGUCCCGCGCAACCCAAUGGUGGACGGGAUGGACGAUGAGGCUGAUGACGUGAUGGAUGAUUUGGAUGAAGACGAGAACAAGGAUAAGCGAUUCACUCAACGUCGUUUCGAUCAGUACGUGGAGAAGUCUGGCGAGCUGAGCGACAGUGAAGACGAAGAAGAAAACGCCGCCAAUGGUGUACGCCGUCAACCAGGUGUUUCUCGCCGUCGCAACCAAGCCAAUUACCGCAACCUGGAUGAUUCUGGUCUCGAUAGUGGCAACGCCACACCUCAGGCAGCAUCUUCCAUUGGCGAUGGAGAACUCGAUGCUACUUUGGACACAAAGAUGAUUGAUAUCCCACGCACUGAGCCUGAGGCUCCAACCACCGCUGCGCCCUCGAAUGAUCACGAUACUCCCACUGAUGCCGACCAAAUGAUGAUUGAAGAUGAGGAGAAGGGACUCUCUACAUCUGCUUCUCAUCAUCUUUUUCCUCCUCCCCACGAUGAAGAUACAACAAUGGAAGACGCCGGCGCUCCCGCCCCCGAGGCAGAGCUGCCUGGAUCUACUACAGUCGCAGGAGAAACGAAGCCUGAGACAUCUCCGGCAGCGGAAGACGCCCCUCAAUCAGCUGGGUCUCCUGCUCAAGCUGGUUCUCCGCCAAAGGGAUCCUCUACACCUGCCCCCGAGCAAGGCGCCGAGGCGUCAACGGAAGAACCUACUUCUACCGGUGAUGCGGCACCUCAGGCAGCGGCCACAGAGUCCACUGACCAACCGACUAAGCAAGAGGAAUAG